GGACAAAAUGAGAAACCCCGUCAGAUCCAACACCGCACACACACCACGACUCAACCGUGUCACUUUCACUUCUUUCUUUAUCGGCUCAGGGAAUAUUUCAUUCUUGUUGCAAAGAUUUGUGAAGCCUUUAAUUUUUCUGUGACUAAUCAUGGGAGGGACGAAAGCAGAUCCAGCGACGACCUCAUUCUCUUGGUCAAAAGUGUUCACAAGGCAGUCAGAAUGGUCCGAUAAGGACGAAUUUUUAGAUAUAAUUUAUUGGAUUCGACAAGUCCUGGGCGUUCUUUUGGGUCUCGUCUGGGGACUUAUUCCACUCACUGGAAUUUUAGGAUUGGGCUUAUUCUUUGUUACGAAUGCAGGAUUGGUGUAUCUUUACUUUUCAAGCUACCACAGAGUGGACGAAGAAGAGUUUGGUGGAGCGUGGGAGUUAACUAAAGAAGGAUUUAUGACUUCGUUUGCUGGAUUUCUGGUAACCUGGAUAAUAGUCUACUCAGGGAUGCACUUUACGGAACAAGAUCUUCAACCUUUCUCCUAAAAAUAGCCGUCCCCAAUAAUAAUUAAUUUUAUAGUUUAUACAUACUUCCAUGUUAUGUAUUAUAGAUUUUUUAUUCCUUUCUAUUUAAAACGAUAAACAAUGUUAUCAUAUUUUCGAGAUAAUUGACAUCCCACCAACCUCAACCCAGUCAGAUAAUGUGCAGUAAAUAAUGGCGUUAGCUCUACUUCUACUUUAGUCUUCUUGACCAAAAAAGUCAACAAUUCAGUGAUUCCAUUUAAUAAAAUUAUACGUACAUCAUAGAAUCUUGUAGAAUCUUGUGAGUGUUGAAUCGAAUAUAUUUUCGCUCAUUCACAAAAUGUUAUACAAUACAAUAUAUAAAAUAUGCAUUUACAUAUACUUAAAUAUUUGUAUCUUUACACCCAUAGAAUGUAUAGAUCAGAUCUCUGAAAAAUGAAAUGUAGUCACUGUAUAUUUCAUUCAUUACUGCAUACAAAUAAAAACACCUAUGACCAAGAUUCACC